AUCAGCAAUGGAAAAUGUAGACCUCAACUACGAUGAUCUUCCAGUCCAGAAUGCACUUGGCCUGAGAUGGGAUGUGGAAAAUGAUGAGUUCUUCUUUAAGGUCUCUAUUGAAGAGAAACCAGCAACAAGACACAAUAUUCUCUCCACGGUAGCUUCUAUUUAUGAUCCAUUGGGAUUCUUAGCCCCAGUGAUCCUCAGAGGAAAGGGAAUACUCCAAGAGCUGUGCAGACAGAAGCUAGGUUGGGAUGACUCUAUACCAGAAGAACUGAGGCCAAGGUGGGAGAGUUGGAUUAAGGAUUUACAAGAUCUGCAAGGAGUCAGAAUACUAAGGUGCUUUGCACCCUAUGACUUUGGAAAGUAUGAGAGAAUCGAACUGCAUCACUUCUCAGACGCUAGCAGUUACGGUUAUGGCCAAUGUUCCUACAUCAGGGUGAUAAGAGAUGAAAAGGUACAUUGCUCCCUUGUCAUGGCCAAGACCAGAGUUGCACCUACCAAUGUUCUCACAAUACCAAGACUGGAACUAGCAGCUGCUGUAGUUUCUGCUUCAGUGAGCAAGUUCCUGAGAGACGAAUUAGAGUUCAAGGUAGAUGAAGAGUACUUUUGGACAGACUCACAGGUGGUUCUAGGCUACAUAAAUAAUGAAGCUCGAAGAUUUCAUGUCUUUGUGGCGAACAGAGUUCAAAGAAUUAGAGAAAUUACUGAUCCAGACCGGUGGUACUACAUUGAGUCAGAAAGGAAUCCAGCUGAUCAUGCUUCAAGAGGUCUUAAAGUUUCAGAAAUGAAGGACUCAAAUUGGUUUACAGGCCCAAAGUUACUAUGGGAAAGGGAAAUAGUACCCAACAAAGAUUGCCUAGAACUAUCCAUGUGCGAUCCUGAAGUGAAGGUCAUUCAAGCCUUAAAAACAAUAACCAAGUGCCAGGACGAUAUGCUCGAAAGACUAUCACGAUUCUCCAAGUGGACUACAGUAGUAAAUGUAGUUGCUCGAAUUCAGCGUCUGGCAAGUCGAACUAGGAAGAUUGAACCCUUGAACGUUGAAGAAAGAAUGAAAGCUGAGGACACAGUUAUAAAACUCAUUCAUCAGAGAUUUUACAAAGAGGAAUUAAAGAUGCUCAGUCAAGAACCUGGAAGGCUUCCCAACAACCACCCUUUGCAUCAACUUAAUCUUAUCCUACAGGAUGGUAUAAUAAGAGUAGGAGGAAGAUUGGAAAAUGCACCUUUACCUUUCAGAGUGAAGCAUCCAGUGAUUCUUCCCAAGGAUUCUACCCUUACAAGCCUGAUAAUUGAUCAUCAUCACACAAGGUCCUCACAUCAAGGCAGAGGUCUAACCUUGAGCUACUUGAGAGAUGGCGGUUACUGGAUUGUGAAUGGCAGUAAAACUGUAGCUAAACACAUAAAACAGUGUAUACUGUGUCGGAAGACUCGAAGACCGACAGAAGACCAAAGAAUGGCAAAUUUACCCAUUGAUCGUGUAGAACCAUCGCCUCCCUUCUCUUAUUGUGGCAUGGAUUGUUUUGGUCCAUUCUACACCAAGCAAGAUCGUAAGGAGCACAAAAGAUAUGGUCUACUUUUCACGUGUCUAAGCUCCAGAGCAAUCCACAUAGAGAUGUUGGAGAAUAUGUCAACUGAUGUGUUCAUCAAUGCCCUUCGAUGCUUCAUAGCCAUUAGAGGCACCGUAAGAAAAAUCAGAUCUGACCAAGGUUCUAACUUCGUUGGAGCUAAGAAUGAGUUGAGAAAAGCUUUAGAAGAAGUAGAUAAAGAAAGGAUAGCCAUGUUUCUGGCAGAGAGACAAUGUGACUUUUGUAUGAAUGUUCCAGAUGCAAGCCAUACAGGAGGCGUUUGGGAGCGUCAGAUAAGAACUGUAAGGAAUGUUCUGAGUUCAGUACUGAAGCAGAGUGCUGGAAGAAUAGACGAUGCUUCUCUGAGAACUGUAUUUUAUGAAGCUAUGUCCAUUGUGAACAGUCGUCCACUGACAGUUGAUAAUAUCAAUGACCCAACAAGUUUAGAUCCCCUGACUCCAAAUCAUCUGCUUCACCUAAAGUCCACUCCCAUACAGCCACCACCCGGCAAGUUCCUUGAGGAAGAUUUGUAUGCCAGAAAGAGAUGGCGGCGUGUGCAAUAUUUGACCGAACAGUUUUGGAACAGAUGGAGGAAGGAGUACCUAGCUAAUCUCACUCUCAGACAAAAAUGGCAUACUCCUAGGAGAAAUAUUCAAAUAAAUGACAUAGUGAUCGUCAAAGAAGAGGAUAUACCCAGAAAUCGAUGGAGAAUCGCUAAAGUUCUUGAAGUCCAGAAAGACAAUGAUGGAUUGGUGAGAAGAGUGAAAUUACAGAUGGGAGAUUCCAAAUUAAGUAAGAAAGGAGAACGUCUCACCACUCCACUCAUUCUAGAACGUCCUAUCCAAAAAUUGGUUGUUCUUAUCGAGAAUAAUAAAGAACAUUCUCAAAUGCAUAACAAGAAGGAAGAAGUAAAAUCCCCUUAAUUUAUGCAACCCAACUUAAAAAUGAAUGCAUAAAUUAAAGGUAAUUUGGUGGGAGUGUAGCUGCCCGCCCAAGCCAAUCUAACAUUUGAACUGCAUAAUUCAUUGUGACUGCUAAUAUAAGAGAAGUUUAUAGCAACUUAGCGCUAGUUUGCAGUACAGAACAAUAUAUACCUCUAUAUGCUCUGUUGUAUGGCAAGCAGAAAAGUUAUUCCUGCUUUUAAAGUUUAUUUGUGUGUAAAGUAACAGCCAGCAGCUAUAAUAUAGCCAGCUAAGCACAAGACAUUACAGGGUUAAUUUGAGUACUCCAGACACCUGACAGUCUAGUCCAAUCAGAACCCAGCCUCACUCUGAGAUCUUCUAGAAUCUAGCCAGACAUGCCAGCAGCCAUCUUAGAGACAGAAUCUUCAGAGAGCAUGCCAGAGUAAAGAAACUGCCCUUAAGAUUCUAUGAGGCGAAAAUAGUUCUACCACAUUCUACACAUUCUACGUGUACUUACUGCACUUAUAUCGCACCAAUAUUGCUAAAACUCAUCAUCUUUGUUCCUGAUUCCCUAUCCUGAUGAUGUUACCAAUAAAGAAAGUUAUUUUUGUA